UCGCGCCACCGCACCUUAAGUGCGCAGGCGCGCCGUCUGCUCUCUUUUCCGCUCUUCCUUCUGCCCGUCUCUAGACGUAAGCGGCUGUUGGGUCCUAUGUCGCGCCGGGCCCUCCGGAGGCUGAGGGGGGAACAGCGCGGCCAGGAGCCCCUCGGGCCUGGCGCCCUGCAGUUUGUCCUCCACGAUGAUGAUGAUGUGGAAGAAGAAGGCCCAAAGCGGGGGCCAGGUGGCCGGCGCCCCCGGGGCGCAGGGGAGGAGGGCGUCCGUGUCAACAACCGGUUCGAGUUGAUAAACAUCGAGGACCUCGAGGAGGCGCCCGGGGUGAACGGGGACAGGACCGACUGUCUGCUCAUCGAUGCUGCAGCAUCGGGGGACAAAAGGAGGGCCCAGAGUGGACGCUCAGAGUCCAGGAAGGACGGCGACGUGGCGGACGCGGCGGUGCCCCCAGAGCAGUCUAAUACAAGUGGCAAACUCCGCAAGAAGAAAAGGAAACAGAAAAAUAAGAAAAACGCUGCAGGAGAAAGCUCGGAGAACGGGCUGGAGGACAUCGACCGCAUCCUGGAGAGGAUUGAGGAUGCCAGCGGCUGCAGCCACCCAGGCCCGCCCCCACUGAGUGCCAGGAAGCACGUCCUGUACGUGGAGCACAGACACUUGAAUCCAGACACGGAACUGAAAAGGUAUUUUGGUGCCCGAGCCGUCCUGGGGGAGCAGAGGCCGCGGCAGAGACAGCGCGUGUACCCCAAGUGUACGUGGCUGACCACCCCUAAGAGCGCCUGGCCCCGGUACACCAAACCAGGUCUGUCGAUGCGGCUGCUGGAGUCUAGGAAAGGCCGCUCCACCUUCGCCUUUGAGCACAGCGAGGAGUACCAGCAGACGCAGCACAAGUUCCUGGCCGCCGUGGAGUCCCUGGAGCCCAACAACAUCGUGGUCCUGCUGCAGACCAGCCCCUACCACGUGGACUCGCUCCUGCAGCUCAGCGACGCCUGCCGCUUCCAGGAGGACCAGGAGAUGGCGCGGGACCUCGUGGAGCGCGCGCUGUACAGCAUGGAGUGUGCCUUCCACCCCUUGUUCAGCCUCACCAGCGGGACCUGCCGGCUGGACUACCGCAGGCCCGAGAACAGGAGCUUCUACCUGGCCCUCUACAAGCAGAUGAGCUUCCUGGAGAAGCGGGGCUGCCCACGCACGGCGCUGGAGUACUGCAAGCUCAUCCUCAGCCUGGAGCCGGACGAGGACCCCCUGUGCAUGCUGCUGCUACUCGACCACCUGGCCUUAAGGGCACGGAGCUACGAGUACUUGAUCCGCCUCUUCCAGGAGUGGGAGGCUCAUCGGAACCUGUCCCAGCUCCCCAAUUUUGCCUUCUCUGUGCCGCUGGCGUAUUUCCUGCUGAGUCAGCAGGCAGACCUCCCCAACCAGGAGCUGAGCUCUGCGAGGGAGAAGGCCUCUCUCCUGAUCCAGCAGGCGCUUUUCAUGUUCCCUGGAGUGCUCAUGCCUCUGCUCGAGUACUGCAGCGUGCGCCCCGACGCCGCUGUGGCCGCGCACCGCUUCUUCGGACCCGACGCCGAGAUAAGGCACCGGCGUGCGCGUGGAGCCGGGGCCCGUGGGGGUCUCACAGGCCCCACUGCCCACAGCCAGCCCCCCGCCCUGAGCCAGCUGGUAAGCCUGUACCUCGGGAGGUCCCACUUCCUCUGGAAGGAGCCGGCCACCAUGAGCUGGCUGGAGGAGAACGUGCAUGAGGUUCUGCAAGCGGUGGACGCCGGGGACCCCGCCGUGGAGGCGUGUGAGAGCAGGCGCAAGGUGCUGUACCAGCGCGCACCCAGAAACAUCCACCGCCACGUGGUCCUGUCGGAGAUCAAGGAAGCCGUUGCCGCCCUACCUCCGGACGUGAGCACGCAGUCUGUGCUGGGCUAUGACCCUUUGCCUCCCUUGGACACCAUCUACUCCUACGUCAGACCGGAGAGGUACUUGCUGCUCUGCUCCUUUGCCCACACGGCUCCGAGGCUCAGCCCCGUCAGCCACGGAAACACCAUCGCCCUCUUCUUCCGCUCCUUGUUGCCGAACUACACCGUGGAGGGGGAGCGGCCGGAGGACGGAGGGGCCGGGGGUCCACACCUUGACCAGGGCUUGAACAGGCUGAUGCUGGCCCUGCGGGACAUGAUGGCCAACUUCCACUUCCACGACCUGGAGGUGCCGCGCGAGGACCACCCCGAGGGCGACGGGGAGUGGGACUGAGGCACGGGCGGGGCCCCAGCGCCGUGCAGUUACGUUCCUGAUUCUGUGCUGGUCGGAUCGGCCAGGUCCCCGACCUAGAAGUGCUGCCGUGUUGUCCUCCUGCCUCUGCUGUUCUAUAAACGUGAACGGGUUGCGCUCUG